ACUCAAUUUUUAAAAAGUAAAUAAAAUGAAUAAAAAGAUUUCAGGGGUGCUAUGCGUAUACAUAUAGGAUCAUCCCUAAGCAAAUAAAUAAUAACAAAAUUCAUCAUACUUGUGUUAAAGACAACGCGGCAAAAAAAAAAGUUCGUGUUUUAUAUUUGGCCGAGAUGAAAUACAUAUUAUAGUCGUUGUAAAGUGACGUCGCAGUGUAUGUAGUUUGUUAUAUCGUAUAAUAUUCUUAAGAAUCGUUCCUCAAGGUAUCAACGCAGCCAAUUAACCCAUGCCAAGGACUCGACAAGGUAAUAUGGCUGCCACGUGGGAAUCGGAUUAGCUUUUCGCUGUCGUUCCCGUUACAUUUUACUGUCGGAGAACCUUCCGUCGUCCAUCAGUCCAGACAAGCUCGGCCGUGCGUCACGAGACUCACGAGCAGUCAACACUCACCGCGCAGACCACCGCGACGACGACGACUUUCCUUUCAUCAGCGGAAAAUCGUACAACUGCGAUUCAGUAUAAUAUCUUCGCUCGUUCAUCAACGUUCUGCUGUGCGCGAGUGUGUUGCAGCGUCGCCGUCGAUCAAAUGAACGUCGAAAAUCCUGAGUUGACCCACAGGUAUUAGCAAAUCUGUAAGAGCUAAGUGCAACCUCAAUUUGCAAAAUGGCAGACAGGGAAAAUGAAAUCAUGGAGGAGAAAGAGUAUGAAACCAACAUAAUGGAGGAAAAUAUUUUGCGCCAUCGAAUACCAUGGAGUGACAGAGUUUCAUUGAAUAGUGACAUUCCAGGCUUACACGAGGUGAAAGAACUUUUAGAAGACGACGAUACAAGUUGUCUAGCCGAAGAAGAAGAUGGAGUGGGAUGCCCACUGCCAUCAACUCCAGAAGAUGAUCGCCUUCUGGAUUGUGAGAUGACAGAAGUACUCAAAGCUGGAGUGUUGAGCGAUGAAAUAGAUCUUGGUGCUUUGGCACACAAUGCUGCUGAACAAGCAGAAGAAUUUGUCCGUAAGGUCUGGGAAGCAUCGUGGAAGCAAUGCCAUUUCAGACAUCUACCUUCUUGGUUACAAGACAACGAUUUUCUACAUGCUGGUCAUAGACCACCAUUGCCAUCUUUUUAUGCUUGCUUCAGGAGCAUUUUUCGUAUACACACAGAAACUGGAAAUAUUUGGACUCAUUUGCUAGGAUGUGUGGCAUUCAUAGGCAUAGCAGUUUACUUCCUAACACAAUCACAUAUGGAUAUAAGAUGGGAGGAGAAGUUAGUUAUUGGAAUUUUUUUCGCUGGAGCUAUCAUAUGUUUAGGCAUGUCUUUUGCAUUCCACACUGUUCACUGUCACAGUGAAUGUGUAGGAAAGCUAUUUUCAAAAUUGGAUUACUGUGGAAUAGCCAUGCUUAUAAUGGGAAGUUUUGUACCAUGGCUGUACUAUGGAUUUUACUGUGAUUAUCAACCCAAACUGAUCUACUUGUCUGUGGUUGUGGUACUUGGAAUAACUAGCAUUGUAGUUUCUCUAUGGGAAAGAUUUGGUGAACCAAAGUACAGACCACUUAGAGCUGGAGUUUUUAUGGGCUUUGGUUUGAGUGGUGUGGUACCAGCAGUGCAUUAUGCUAUUGCAGAAGGAUGGUUUAAAGCCAUAAGUCAAGCAUCACUGGGAUGGUUAAUAUUAAUGGGAUGUCUGUAUAUACUAGGAGCAAUGUUCUAUGCUUUACGUGUUCCUGAACGAUUUUUCCCGGGAAAAUUCGAUAUUUGGUUUCAAAGUCACCAAAUCUUCCAUGUACUGGUUAUCGCAGCAGCCUUUGUGCACUACCAUGGUAUAACUGAAAUGGCUAUGCAUAGAAUGAGUGUUGGUGAUUGUGCUGUUCCAUCACAAAUGAUGGCAUUUUAAAAAGUUUUAAUUUUAUUUUGUUAUUAUUAUAAAAAAUGCCUUCAAAAGGCACCUGGUUUCUUUAUUUUUGUGAAUAAAAUUUCAAGAGUAAAAAGCUCUCAAAAAGUCUAUAAAAUUAUUCCUGUAAAAGAUAGGUUAAUAUAAUUAAAAAACAGUAUUUGAAUUUAAUCAUUAUAUAAUUCAAAAGUAGUUAUGAAAUGUGUUAUAUUCCAAACGUUUACAGUAUUUUAAAUUGUAUUAAUAUGAUGAGCAUUUAAAUGUAUUUUUUUAUAUAAUCAUUUUUUUAAUUUAAACUUUUAUGAUGAUUUUCAUACUGUUUUUCAUAGGAAUAAUUUUAGUACGAGAUUGCUAAAAAAAUUUAAUAAACGUUAUAAUAACUAAAUGUUUUAAUCUAAAGGGAGUAGAAUAUUAACAUCAAUUGAGUAUAUUAUUCAAAAUUUAGUGAAUUUGAUCUUAAAUUGUUUCUUGUAUUAUAUUAUCGUUUAUUAAGAGCUUGUACAAUUCUAUACUUAAUUUGUUAGAUAAUUUGUUGAGUAUUUAAUUUAUGCACCACUUAAUUUUUAUGUAGCAUUCUAUUAUUGCUUGAUAUAAAACAAUGCAAAUUUAUUAAAGUAAAAUUCAUACAAAUAUUAAGCAUAACAAGAUUGUGUUUUCUUAAGCAGCUUUUAGAAAACAAAUUUAACUAAUUUUCUAUUCAUUGAAUAUAAAAGUCAUUUAAAAAUUUGUCACAACCUGGAUGUUAAAGAUUUUUACUAAAUUAAAAAUUUGUCCGUGCGCACGAAUUGAGAUUAUACAGAUAUUUACUUUAUUAAUUUUUUUACAAUGUGUCACAAAUUAAGUUUUAAGCAGAUUAUGAGGUUUUAACUGAAAAAAUAAAUAGUAAUUGAAUCAUUUUAUUGAGUAAUGGGAAGUUUGCACAUUGCAAUUUCAAUCGUAACUUAAUAAAAAGGGUACCAAUUUUAUAACAGUGAUUAAGUCAAACAAAUGUAUUGAAAAUGCACUUCUACUUUUUAUUUUCCAUGAAUAACAACUCAGUCUAUUUAGCAUUGAAAAUAGAAAAAAUGCUGCUAUUAAUUCGCGGCUCAAUGAAAGAGCAGUACGUUUCAUAAAUAAUCUUUAUAUCUUUUCUACAAAUUUGUAUAUUUAAUCACUGCAGCUAUUUAAUAAUAUAUAUAUAUAUAUAUAACUAUAUCUCAUCACAAAAUGUCUUCAUCUAUGCUACAUCAAAGUAUAUACCUAAAAUGCAAAAUGAUGAUGAAGAUUCUUUUGCGUGUAGUUCACCAUCCUUUCAUGCAUUGCUAUAAGGAAUUCGGUGUUUAUUAUAAAAUAAAAAAGAAAUAUGCUGUUGAACUUUUUACACAAUAAAGUGGAAUGUUGUUAAAUAUA